AUGAAAAUCAAGGCCGGCGUCAACGCGCCGGCGAGUGUCGGCUUGACCCGCGCGGUAAGCGUCAAGCCAAGUACGAACAAGCCCGCUAAUGCGGCUAUUGUCACGAAGCCAAUUAAGGCCAGUGUCAACGCCACUGCCAGUGUCAACGCCACUGCCAGUGUCAACGCUUCUCGCGCAGCCACGGUCAUCAAGCCAAGUACGAAGAAGCCAGCGCCUACUGUCUCGACGCAGAUCAAGGCCAGCGUCAGCACCGCGAAGCUGCUCUCCGAAGUCGAAGACGCCGCCUACGGCCAGUACCAGCCUCCGUCGCAGCCCGCGUACAACCGUCAACCCAGCUACAACCAAGCUGGCUACGGCAAGCAGCCUGCGUAUGGCUACGACGGCGACUACGAGCAGCCCGACUCGGAUGACGGCUAUGCCAGUGGCUUCAAGAAGCCCAGUAAAGGCUACGGCAAGCAGCCCAGCACCGGCUACGGCUACGCCGACGACAACGGCGACUACGACCCGACGCCGAUUUCGGACGAAGACCGCUUUCACCGCUUCUACGACAACCUCAAGAUCUGCAAGGCUGAGAACGCGCUCGAGAGCUGUAUCAUCUCGUCUGCGUCGCGCGCCGACUGCAUGAGUGCGACGCGCAUCAAGCAGUGCACGUCGUCAUUCAUCACGGGUCUCUGCUCUGACUUGGAGUCGACGACGACCAAGGAGUACGACAACGGCUACGUCAAGUGUUCGGCCGACACGUGCACGGACGCGGCGCUGGCCGACUCGCUCCUCGUGUACAACAAGCUGCUCCGCGAC